AUGGGUCGUUCGGCAUACAUUCUUCUGGCGUGUUCACUAAUUACUCUGUUCACUGGGGCAUUACAAACACCAAGUCCCACAAAAUGUCGUACGGAAAUGUGUGCCCUGCAAUUAAUGGAGACCAUGGACAUACUCUAUCGACAAAGCUCACAUGAAAUUUUCCAAUUCCACAGUUAUGACGAUAUCCAGCCGGAACUUUUGAUAUGGAAAGAAUUAAUACCCUAUUUGGAUAUAAUGGAACAAUUUGAUUGGUCGGAAUUUCAAAGUCCACUUUUGAGGAGGCAAUUUGAAAUUUUAAUUCGUGAACUUACCCAUGCACGCCAUGCCACCACCAAUGAAUUCAUUGUGGCCACAAAACGUCUGAAGAGUAUUGGUAAAUAUCGAUUUAUGUAUCAACGUGAUGCGGCCAAUAAAACCCAUCCACCACCAUCGGAUCUUGUCUCGUACAUACGCAACAUCAAACCGAUUAUAAGCAAUAGUAAAGAUUUGGAUGAAAUCAAAUGGUAUUGGAGUGAGUGGCGUAAUCGAUUACCCGGCGAUGUGAAACAUGCUCUCAACGUGUAUAUUCAAUAUUAUCAGAAUAUGUCCACAGUGACUAUGCCAGCAUCCAGUGUUUGGUAUUCCCAAUAUGAGGAUGGCAAAAUGUUGGAAGAAUUCGAAAAUGUUAUGGAGGCCAUUGGACCUUUGUAUCGCCAACUACAUAGCCAAUUGAGGCAAUCACUGUGGAAUAAAUAUGGUGAUGAUAUUAUUCCUUCGACAGGACUCAUUCCACAUCAUCUCAUGGAACAGGCCUUCUAUGAAGCCUGGAAAAAAGAUUCUGUUUUCGGCAAUCCUUAUCCUGACAAAAAAUUGCCCAAUCUUAAACAUGAAUUGAAUGAAAGGCGAUAUGUUCCAUUCGAUUUUAUUACAGCAGCUACAAAAUUUUUUGAAGGAAUGGGAUUUGAUCGUUUGACUAA